CGAGGCGUCGGGAGGGCCUAGGUCCGUGUGCGGUGCCCUUUGGCCGGCCUGAGCCCCAGAGUCAGCUCCCCUGUCUCGCCCAGCGCCCCCAGGCCGCCCCCAGGGCUCACGGAAUAGUCCAGAAACCGAUACCUUAAAACAUCUCCUAGGACAGAAAGGUGAGCACAGACCCUGAGCCUGAAUGAUGACUGCUGAAUCCAGGGAAGCCACAGGUCUGUCCCCCCAGGCUGCACAGGAGAAGGAUGCGAUUGUGAUAGUGAAGGUAGAAGAGGAAGAUGAGGAAGACCAGAUGUGGGGGCAAGAUUCCAGCCUGCAGGAGACGCCUCCCCCUGACCCAGAGAUAUUCCGCCAACGUUUUAGGCGCUUCUGUUACCAGAACACUUUUGGGCCUCGAGAGGCUCUGAGUCGACUGAAGGAACUUUGUCAUCAGUGGCUGCGACCAGAGAUAAACACCAAGGAGCAGAUCCUGGAACUGCUGGUGCUGGAACAGUUCCUUUCCAUUCUGCCUAAGGAGCUCCAGGCCUGGCUGCAGGAAUACCGCCCUGAUAGUGGAGAGGAGGCUGUGACUCUGCUGGAAGACUUGGAGCUUGAUUUAUCAGGGCAGCAGGUCCCAGGUCAAGUUCAUGGACCUGAGAUGCUCUCAAGGGGUGUGGUACCUCUGGAUCCAGUUCAGGAGUCAACGAGUUUCGACCUUCAUCAUGAGGCCACCCAGUCCCAUUUCAAGCAUUCUUCUCGGAAACCCCGCCUCUUACAGUCACAGGCUCUCCCUGCCACCCAUGUUCCUGCCCCUCAUCAUGAGGGGAGUCCCAGAGACCAGGCGAUGGCAUCUGCGCUAUUGACAGCAGAUUCCCAGGCAAUGGUGAAGAUUGAGGACAUGGCUGUGUCGCUCAUCCUGGAGGAAUGGGGAUGUCAGAACCUGGCUCGGAGGAAUCUCAGUAGGGACAACAGGCAGGAGAAUUAUGGGAAUGUGUUUUCACAGGGUUGUGAAAACAGGACUGAGAAUGAGGAGUCAACCUCAAAGGCUGAAAUCACAGAAGAUUCAGCAUCACGUCGGGAGACAGCAGGAAGAUUCCAAAAAGAGCUUGGAGAGAAACGUGAACAGCAGGGCAGAAUAAUAGAAAGGCAGCAGAGAAACCCUGAGGAAAAAACUGGGAAAGAGAAGAGAGAUUCAGGGCUAGCUACAGUCAAGGAAAAAAAACCCACCACUGGAGAGAGAGGCCCAAGGGAGAAGGGUAAAGGAUUGGGAAGAAGCUUCAGUCUGAGUUCAAAUUUUAAUACCCCUGAAGAAGUUCCAACAGGAGCAAAGUCUCACAGAUGUGAUGAAUGUGGUAAAUGCUUCACAAGAAGUUCAAGCCUUAUUCGCCAUAAAAUAAUCCACACUGGAGAAAAGCCCUAUGAAUGUAGUGAGUGUGGGAAAGCCUUCAGUCUUAACUCGAACCUCGUCCUACAUCAGAGAAUCCAUACAGGAGAGAAACCUCAUGAAUGUAAUGAGUGUGGCAAAGCCUUCAGUCACAGUUCAAAUCUCAUCCUGCAUCAGCGCAUCCAUUCUGGAGAGAAACCUUAUGAAUGUAAUGAGUGUGGGAAGGCCUUCAGCCAGAGCUCAGACCUCACUAAACAUCAGAGAAUCCACACGGGGGAGAAACCCUAUGAAUGUAGUGAAUGUGGAAAAGCUUUCAACCGAAACUCGUACCUUAUUUUGCAUCGGAGAAUUCACACUCGAGAAAAGCCCUAUAAGUGUACUAAGUGUGGCAAGGCCUUUACCCGGAGCUCAACACUCACUCUGCAUCACAGAAUCCAUGCCAGAGAGCGGGCCUCUGAGUACAGCCCAGCCUCCCUUGAUGCGUUUGGAGCAUUCCUGAAAAGUUGUGUCUAAAGCAAGUGUUUGUCAUCCAGCCACUUCUCCCUUUUGUUUCUAAAAUUUCAGAGAUGUGUGCCCAUGGAGGGAAAAAAAGAAAACAGCCUCAACAGAUUUAAAAAAAAAAAAAGGUGACACUUAAGGAUCCUUAUAAGUUAGAUCAGCAGUGUUCUGCCUUUGUGUAGGCUGUGGACAUGUACCUCUUCCACACAGCCCCUACAGGGGAAAGCUAGUCAUAUGCAUAAUUCAUAUAAUAUUUCCACACAAGAUAAAAGCACAUACACAGUAAAAUGUCAAGCUUUUCAGUAAUGAGGAUACCUUUAAGGCACUAUUGGACUAUCAGCAACCACGACAUGUAAUUGAAAGAUAAGAUUGGCUCUGUGAACAUGUUACUGAGGUUAAGAAGCUACUUGCUGCAAACAAGCCCUACUUGGCCAACAUCUUACUUAUUUCUCAGAGGGACAGUUAAAACAAAAACUACAUUGGGACAUGCUGCUGAAGCUAGUUAUGUAUACAGUAAGUUAUAUAUAUGAUCACUGGUAGCCUACCAAAGCUAUAGAAAUCUAGGACUGUGCUGAUCAGUAUCAAACCAAAGAUUUCUAUCUCUUCCAGAAAGAGAGGGUAUGUGCACCAGUCUACAGUUCCAAAGGACUGCAACAAAUGUAGAUGGUCUAUCCUCAUCGCUGAGAUCAGUUCUACUGAAAUGGCAACAAUGAGUCAAAACACUUCUCCUCCUCCUUGAAAUCUCUAAAGCACUAUUGCACUCCUAAAUGCAUUUGUCCACAAGUUAGCACUUGAUUGUAUACUGUCUUUUAAUCCUUCAUUGUUUCACGUAUGGAAGUUUUUACCACCCCCCGAAAAGAGAUGCUUCGAUCAUCCCUGACAGCACAGCAUUAGAUAUAAUGCUGAAUACAUACGAAGCACUCAUGACUGACUUCUAACAGGACUUUUUCAUGUAUGAUAAAGCCCUGUGCAUCAUGAGUACCUGAGAUACAGUAGCCUGGCCCAAACUUUGAAGAGGACCAUCAGAGUCAGGAGGCCUGCUUAGUGGCUAGGGUCUGAUGCUAUUUUUGUCCUAAAUAUAAACAAAAAGGCACUGUUAGCCACCUGCAUAGACUCUCUAAACACAGAUCAGUGAGUAAGUACUAUGGAAUGUUGGAAAUGACUCCAUUGUUACCUUAAAGAAGAAAAAUAUGCACACUAAGGUCACUUUUUGACAUCUUUCUGUGGCAAAGAUCUUAGCCAGAAUUCUCUUCAGUCAGCUGCUGAACGGUGUGAUGAUUUGGGCACUUUCUGAAUCAUUUGUAACUUAGAUAAUAUAGUUCAGAAUAUGUGACUUUUGUUGCUUUUCUGAAAAAGGAAAGUUGUAGGAAGCAUUUUUCCAUGCUUUCCCAGAAACUUUGCAAAAGCAUUUAUCAUUAGCUGGUAAUUACUAAACUUACUAUGUUGCUCUGAGAAGUUCACCAAUGUACUAAGAGGUGAUUGGUAUUGUGGUCAUAGUGCACAGUGACUUUUCUAUUACUCAUCACUAAAGACUGAGGUGAGGUUAUGAAACUUUAACUUUCCCAUCAUUUAGGCAUGAGGAUGCAAUGACUACCUAGAAGCUAAUGAUACAGACUUUUUCGCACACACAGGAGACCCAAGUGUCAUGAGAUAGGUAGUUAUCAAGGACUUGAGCAGGGAUGGCUCUAUUCAUGAGAGCAUUUAAGUGAUCGAGAACAGUGCUACAGAGACUUAGAAAGAGACUAAGAACAAACCUGAAGACUGUAAGAGUGACCACCUCACACUGCUCUCAGGAGAAUCCGACAUACAGUUUGAGAUUUUCCCUCAAGAAAUAGAACUGAUACUAUCAUUCAUCAGUAGCUCACUGACCAACAGCUAAAGUCCACAAGACAGCAUGGCUUUAUGCGGAAGCCAGUGAAGUGGAGGGCAGAUGUGGCCUCUGCUCCAGACCAAACUAAAAUUCUGCACAGCAGUCAUUUCUUUGGCUUCUAUUUGGCUUUAUUACUUGGACCAACCACAGCUUCCUUAUAGCAGUUUCAUCAGUGUUGCCUGGGAAAACUUCAAGUAGUAAGUCAGUGGGUUACCAGAAUUUUCUACCCACCCAACUUAAGAAAAACUGAAGAGAUAUUCCAGAAGAUAUACCUAAGUAACUUUUUAUAGUAAAGUAGAGGUAGAAAUGCUUUAAGGAUUUUCUUCAAAGAAUGAGCCACAGCGGUGGGUGUAUAGAAAAUUGCUGGUGUUUUUGAGCAAGGACUUUUCACCUGCUUGAAAGCAUCCAAAAGUGAGGUGCUUAACUCCAGGCACCGAUCCAAGCAGUGACUUUGUUAUUAAGAGGGAAGGGACUUUGGUUGGUUUCACGUCGGCCUUUUCUUUUUCAGCCACAACUACAUGCUGACACAAUUCUGCCAACAUUGUAGGUUUUUGUUUUUAGGUAAAAGUUAAAUGUGGCCUGUGCCCCCACAUUUAAUUCCCAUUUUGUAGGGACAUCCUACUGACUUUGUUGGAUAGCCACCAAGGUUGCUCCAGAUCUUCAGCAGAUGUUUUCCUUGAGGCAGCUAUUGGAAGAUAUGUUUUCUGAGGAAACAGACUACAACCCAUUUAUUAAAACCAUUUGCAUUGUAUUCAUUUAUCAGAUACUCAGUGUAAAGUGUAGUUGGGUCAUGGCCCAAAACAGUUGCGACAUCUAAUUUAUGCUCAGGAUAGUCAUUCAGAACUUCUUGAUUGGCUGAAGUCUGCUAACCAUUUAUGUACUCCCUGGUUAACCAUUAGCAUGCUAGGUGACCUAAUGGAAGUUUUUAAAGAGUUUUUAAAAAUAUACCUUGCCAGGAAGAAAAGUAAAAUUCUUCAAGUUAUGGAGUAUUUGUUUCUUCUCCAGCCUGAUAGGCAAGACUACAACCUGAGAAUAUAGAUGUAUGAGACAUCUUGAUAUGUAAAGCACUUAAUAUUAAGGGCAUAAAAGUGAAACUGUGCUAAUGUAGUGUAGAGAGAUUGACACAUUUGAUAUGUGGGACUAUUCACAUCUUAUAUACAUCAGAGAAUUUAUUCCGGAAAGGAACCUCUUGAAUGUGAUAAAUAUGGCAAAGCCUUUAAUCAUGUCUCAGCCCUUAGCAUCAGAAAGCUUACACUGUAAAUAAACUUUAUUAAUGUUAGUAUGAAGACUUUCAUAUAUAGCACUCAUUGCUUUGGAUAGAAAAUGAAUUCCAUCAGUUUGUUAUAGUCAUGUAAUGAAUUUCAGAAACACUGCAGAGGGAGCUCAAUCUUAACUCCAGAGGAUCCACAGAAGAAAAAAAUGUGGGAAAAUGCUAAAGAAAUAGCAAAAGGUACAACUUCUUACGAAAAUCAUUAAUGUUGGGUACUCAUAUAUAUUUUGUAUGACCAUAAUGUCAGUGGGUGUUUUGUACCUCCAACCCCUGCUGUUAUUCUGUAUAUUUCCUAUAAACAGAUUAUGUAUUUUAAUCUAUUUGACAGUGCACAUCACUCUACAAGAGUGAAGUUUUGGAGUGAGUAGUGAAGAAACUGAUGUGGUUAUAGACAAAAAGUUGUUUCACAGAUCUGAGAAAGGGGAAAACGAAAAAAAAAGCUUCAUAGUUUGGUGCUAAUCAAACCGAGAGAAGAGACUGGUAAUUUCAUGAGGAGGGACCCAUUAAUAGGGCACUAAAACGGAACAGCCCCUAUAAACAUCUGCCACUUCUUGAGAGUUUUCUCUUCAAAACUGGGAAAUUGACCUCUGUGCUGUCAGAUGACCAUCGCAAGCAAAGGGAAUGGAUUCUCUGAGCUUGGCGGGGAGGAGGGGUCUUCUCCCUGAAUUGAGAGUAGGGAACGUACUGGAAUGGCCAGUGGGACCACUUACCCUGACCAGAUUCUAUAAACUGUAUUCUUGCUUCCCCACUAACUCUCAAGUCUUUAUGCUUAGAAAAUUGGGGAUAGGAAGACACCAAGAUAGGCUCUUUCCUGGGAAAUAGACACAGAUGCAUCCAGGUAUGGCACUGCAGGAAGUUUGUUUGAUAGGGCUUGAGAAGCAUUUUGCAAUAUUGCCUUUGGCUGUGCUUCUGUGUACCUUCCCUGCUCCCACUUUAUUCCCCUGGAUUAUUAUUAUUAGGAGAGAGGGUUUGUGAAGGUCCAUAGUUAAGAAAGAAUUUUUUUUUUAAUGUUUAUCCUAGAGUUGGUCACCUUGUUUUCUAUGUAGUCAUGCUGAUCUGCUUAUACAAAGCCAGCUAACCAGGUUCACCCUGCCAUCCUCAUGGAAGACUCAUUGUGUGAAUUAGAGUAACAGAACAGGUUGGUUGUUCCUUAUCCUAAAUGCUUGGGACCAGAAGAAUUUCAGAUUUUGGAUUUUUUUUGGAUUUUGGAAUAUUUGCAUAUACAUAAUGAGAUAUUUUGGGGAUGGGACCCAAAUCCCAAGACAGAAUUUAUUUACGUUUCAUAUUCACCUUAUACGCUUUGCCUAAAGGUAGUUUUAUACAAUAUUUUCAAUAAUUUUGUGCAUGAAACACAUGAUCCGUCACAUGAGAUCAGGUGUGGAAUUUUCCAUUUGUAUUGUCAUGUUGGUGCUCAGAAAGUUUCAGAUUUUGGAGCAUUUCAGAUUUCAGGUUAGGGAAGCUCAACAUAUAUUGAAAUGAGGUCAGCGACAACCACACUUGCCAGAGGAGCCAUGUUUUUGUGUGUCCCACUCCGAGCAACUUACCAGAAAUAUUUCUGAGGGGGUUAGGGUUCCCCAUCUGGGAAACCAAAUGAAGGUCUGCAGAUUGUUAAGUGAAAUAUAGAAUCAUAAAAAAGGAAAUUAAGUAGUAUAAAUAGAUCGUUUCAUAGAAUUAGAGUAGAUUUUUAUUUCAACUAGUACUAGAGAAUUUAAUAAAAAGCAUUAUUGUUUGAAAAGUUUUUCUAAUGUAGAUUUAGUUUUCAUUUUUAGAAUGGACACACUACUGUACAAUUAAAAGCAGUUACUUAUUUUGCUAUUCAGAUUAAUUUUUUAUUAUAUCUGAAAAUGAAAUUAUCUGUUUUACUUUUCAAAGCUUUGUAAAACAAACUUGAAGUUAUAGGGAGGUAAGCCAUCUCCAAUUCUGCAGGUCAAACAAAAGUUUGGGAAAUACUUUGACAUCCCAUAAUACAGAAUGUCUUAACAUGAGAACUUGGUUUCAUAUUGUCUGGCUCUGUUUAAUAGUGGACACCACCCAUCUCAUGUUUUUCUCUGUUAUCCUAAAACAGUGGAAGGUCAAGAGUGGGCAUGAGGUAGACUUGUAAAUCAUGGUCUGCUGUGAUUUUAAUGUUUGAGAUUCUCACUUCCAUUUACUAAAGAAUCAUGACUCUCUUCAAAUUACACAGUAAUCAGCAAAAUUAAUUGCUCUUUAAAUUUUCUCCCUUCAGCGAUCAUUAAGCAAUGAGGCUGUUUUAAGAUGUAAAUAGUGAGAUCUGUGAGUGACUGAAAGGCGGUAUUGAAACUUGGAUUUCAUUCCAGUGUCAGAUUUGGGUUUCAAGUUCCUUUGGUUCAGGGAAGGGACCAGGCAGCUGCAAUCACCCUGAAUCACUAUCAUGUAAGUCUCCUGAGAAGGAGGAAGAGGGUUAGGUUAGAACAGCCCUCCCUGAGGAGGGAGAGAAGAGAAACUGUUGGGGAUGUGUUGGGUUAGUGCCCACUUGCCUUCCCCUUGACCUCAACCAGUUAACAGCAUUCAGUUGCUUUUUAAAGUUUUUAGUCUGCCCUAGCAAGGUCAAAGCAUGUUAGACUUAGAGAUGCUUCUGCUGGUAGCAGGGGAUCUUAUUUGAAAAUGUAUAUGAGGGGGGUGGGAUGGGAGGAGGCAGAUUGUGAUUAUGCAGGAAAAUCUUGUUCUAAAAAUAUGAGUUUAGGGGUAAGGGGUGGGAUAUGUAAGCAGAAUCAGUAAUUAUUUUAAAAUGAGCAUAUGUAUUUUUAUUAACUUUUAGUUAAAUAUAGAUUAUGACAACCAGGUCAACAUAAGCUUAAAUCUAUAUAUAGAGCUAACUCAGGCAUUGUCUUGUUUAUUUGUAGACUAGAUAAAACAACCUGUUCUGUUUUGUCAGUUUCCAGCUUCUUUGUUUAGAAUAAAUAAAACCAAAAGAAGAAACUUAUUUGUCUUUGUAUACCACAGAAUUAAGUUAUUGCUGUUAAAAACUGGAUUUUUCAUUUUGCUAGUCUCUGAGGAGUCCAGAUGCUUGGUAGAUGUUCAAUAAAGGAUUUUUAAAUUGAAUUUGUUUAAAAUCUUCAUUAACAUUUCUAGAACGGCUUAUUUUGAUAAAUAAUGGAAUCUUAGAGGAAAGUGUUUUUUUUUUUUUUUAAAGGCUAGGAAAUUCCUUCUCUAAAAAUAAUUUGAAACCUUGAUCGAGGGCUAAAGUUUCAAUCAUAAGAGAAAUGGCAGUGAAAUAAAAUUUAUAUGCACUUAUAGUCCAUGGUCCAUUUUAGAAGGCCGGUGGUGUCUGACCAAGAAAUGUUAGAGUAGUGAGGUUGGGGAAGGAAAUUGUGGGGAUUUGUCAUAAAUAUUCUGUUGAUGUUGUUUCUCUUCUGGGUCGUGGUAAAACAAUAAAUUAUCAUCUUUAG